ACAGCAUGGCGCCCAAGUUUCAGAAAGGACCGGAUCUCAAGAGAUUUAUGGUAAGCUCGCACAGCCGCGAACGUGUAAUGCCCGAGCGCGGAAAAGAGGAGAAAAGGCUGAUGCAGAAAGGAAACCGCGCCGUCGAAUUGCGCGGACAAAGAUGAAUAUACUUCGUGCGGAUUCGCAAGCGCAGAAGCGGAACGCACAAUCGUCGCGAAACAAUCUUUCAAGUGCAAACGCAAGUUCAGACUUUCUAUUGAAAUUUUUAUAGGCUCGAUUUCUGUUGGAGCGUUCGGAUGACACGUGCGGCUCCUACCUGUAUUGAGCUGACUUCUAAACUAGAGAGAAAACUAACAUGUCCAUACUCCAACACCCAACAGGACAAACGCCUUAGAUUAUCUUUGAAUGCCAACCGCAAAGUUAUCGGUACUCUACGCGGAUACGAUGCCUUCUUGAAUGUAGUUCUUGAAGACGUUGAGUCGGAAACCGGCCAAUACCUGGGGCAAGUCGUCAUUCGGGGGAAUUCUAUCGUACAGCUGGAAGGAUUAGAGCGCGUAUAAAGUCAUAAAAUACUGCCCGAUGAAAGGCAACGUAUAACGAGCUCUACAAUGUUUACACGGCGUUUUGAAUUGAUUGUACGAGAAAGACUUCAAAAAUAAAAUGCACACUCUGAUAGCUUUUCAUCGGGCCUAGCAAGGACGUAGCAACAGAUCUAAUUCCUAUUGCAGGGAGCAAGUAGAUAAGGUAACCUUUUAGCGAAAAUACAGCACGAAC